GAGUAGUACGGUUAUUUAGAGUUCAGGGGUUAUUUUUAGUUUUUUUAUUUCUUGCUACUGUAUGUGAAAGCACCCUCCACGGAGAAACAUGUGAAUAAUGUCUUUUGAGGCUCUUAUGGGAUCAUUUCAGCGCUGACACAUAUAUCAAAGAAAAGCCUUUUGGAUUUAAACGGUAACGGCAGUCACUUCCUGCAUUACAGGAAGCGUGGGAGUUUGACUUACAGCCUGUUGGGGGACCAAAUCUAGUUUACUUCUUCCGCUGUUGCAGUUUUGACCUUUGAUGCUUCCUAUAUGAGUCUCCUUAUAUAAGUAAUGUAGGUGGACCAGUUGUUGGAUCGACCCUUUGGGCACGCCCGCCAAGAAAAGUGGUAACAAAAUAAAUGUCUAAUUAUCUACAGUAAGUCUUUGUAGUGACGCUUCGUUAGUAAGAACUGAUUUAAGAGAAGGCGCUGAUAGCCUGUGUGUAAUUUCCGACAGUCCGUGAAGGCGGCGUCUCCCUCUCCAGUUUACGGUCUCGGCUCACUCAGCGUGAUCGCGUCUCUCGCAGGAGACGCUGUGCGCUUCGCUCGUACGCACUUUAAGCCAUUAGGAUGUAGCGGCCGAGACCGAGCACGGAAAGAGAACGACGCGGCUCCAGCGCUGCCAUGUGACGACCGGCGCCGGGCCAGAAAUGACCGUCACCGCGGAGGAGAAGAAGGAGCAGACAGGAGGUCCCACUGACCCGAGACGCCCAGCGCCGCCGCCACCCCGGUCGCAGCCGCAGCCGCAGCCGCAGCCGCAGCCGCAGCGCACGGUUAGGACGCACUGAGACGCACCCGACGUCGCUGACAGUCUCCACAUCGCGCCGCCGAACCUUGGACGCGAUCAUGGCGAGUCAGGGCGACUGCUGCGUGAAGGUUGCGCUGAGGAUCCGUCCUCAGAUGGCCAAGGAGAAGAUCGAGGGCUGUCACGUGUGCACGCUGGUCACGCCUGGAGAGCCGCAAGUCCUUCUGGGCAAAGACAAGGCCUUCACCUACGACUUUGUGUUCGACAUCGACUCCGAGCAGCAGCACAUCUACCAGACCUGCGUCUACAAGCUCAUCGACGGCUGCUUCGAGGGCUACAACGCCACUGUUUUCGCUUAUGGCCAGACGGGUUCGGGGAAGACGUACACCAUGGGGACGGGCUUCGACGUGACUCUGAGCCAGCAGGAGCAGGGCAUCAUCCCGCGGGCCGUUCAUCAGCUGUUUGAGGGAAUCAAGAGCAGGAGGGUGCGCGCCCAGGAGACCGGCAGCCAGCCGCCCGAGUUUAAAGUCAGCGCCCAGUUCCUAGAGCUCUACAACGAAGAGAUCUUGGACUUGUUCGAUGGAGCUAGAGAUCCAGAAAGUCGCAGCAGGAAGUCGAACAUUAAGAUCCACGAGGACUCCAGUGGCAGCAUCUAUACGACUGGGGUCACAUCCAGACUGGUGCACUCGGAGGAGGAGCUGCUGCAGUGUCUGAAGCUUGGCGCGCUGUCGCGCACCACAGCCAGCACCCAGAUGAACGCCCAGAGCUCCCGCUCCCACGCCAUCUUCACCAUCCACCUGUGUCAGAUGAGAGUCUGCCAGCAGCCGCAACUGCAGAACGGAGAAGGGGAGAGUGGUGAGGUGAACAGCGUGGAGUCCACCCCCAUCACCCAGCCAGAGUACGAGACGCUGAUGGCCAAGUUUCACUUUGUGGACCUGGCCGGAUCUGAGCGGCUCAAACGCACGGGAGCCACAGGAGAGAGAGCCCGCGAGGGGAUCUCUAUUAACUGUGGACUGCUGGCGCUGGGAAACGUGAUCAGCGCUUUAGGAGACCAGACCAAGAAGGGAGGACACGUCCCCUACAGAGACUCCAAGCUCACCCGUCUGCUGCAGGACUCGCUUGGAGGAAACAGUCGCACAGUGAUGAUUGCCUGCGUCAGCCCAUCCGACCGGGACUUCAUGGAGACCCUGAACACGCUGAAGUACGCCAACCGCGCCCGAAACAUCAAGAACAAGGUGGUGGUGAACCAAGACAAGACCAGCCAGCAGAUCAGCGCCCUGCGCGCCGAGAUAGCCCGGCUCCAGAUGGAGCUGAUGGAGUACAAGGCGGGGAAGCGGGUGGCGUGCGAGGACGGGUCCGAGGGCUACAGCGACCUGUAUCAGGAGAACGCCAUGCUGCAGCGGGAGAGCGACACGCUGCGUCUCAGGGUCAAGGCCAUGCAGGAGACCAUCGACCACCUCAACACCCGCGUGACCCAUCUGCUGGCCAACGAGGUCAGCACUCUGCUGACCAAGUCAACGGAGGGAAAUGAGGAGAUCGGGGCGCUAAUCCAGAACUACAUCCGAGAGGUUGAAGAGCUGAGGUCCAAGCUUCUUGAGAGCGAAGCCAUGAAUGAGUCGCUGCGUCGGCAGGUGACCAGGCUCUCCUCUCGUUCCCCGUUCCCCUCCACCAGCCUCAGCCCCGCUCCGGGCCACCCUCCCGGAUCGUCGCCCGCGCCCCUGUCCAUGGAGGCCGAGAUGACCGACGUCUUACGUCGAGCCAAGCUGGACAUAGAGAGGCUGAAGAAGAAGGAGAGGAGGCAGAGGAGGAUGAGUCCAGAGCUGGAGAAAGGUCUGAAGAAACGAGUGAAGCUGCAUACUCACGAGAACGGGGACAACGGGCAAAACGGCCAGAACGGAGAGAUCGACUCAGACGACAAUUACACGGAGGACAUCAUGUCUCCGCUGCAGGAGGAGAGUGGUUGUGAGGAAGAUGAGGGGGAGGAUGAGGAGGAGGGCAGGGAGGAGAACGGGUUUGACAGUGAUGAGAGCCUGGUGGACUCGGACUCUGACUCGGAUGAGAAAGCCAACUUCCAGGCGGACCUGGCAGAUCUCACCUGUGAGAUUGAGAUCAAACAGAAGUUAAUAGAUGAGCUGGAGAACAGCCAGCGGAGGCUGAUGAUGCUGAAGCUGCAGUACGAGGAGAAGCUCAUCCUGCUGCAGAACAAGAUCAGGGACACGCAGCUGGAGAGGGACCGCGUGCUGCAGAACCUCAUGUCCAUGGAGAACUACACAGAGGAAAAGGCCAACCGGAUCAAGCAGGAGUACGAGAAGCGCCUCAAGGAAAUGAACCGCGACCUGCUGAAGCUGCAGGCGGCGCAGAAGGAGCACGCGCGCCUCCUCAAAAACCAGGGCAGGUACGAGCGGGAGCUGAAGAAACUCCAGGGCGAGGUCAACGAGAUGAAGAAAGCGAAGGUGGCGCUUAUGAAGCAGAUGAAGGAGGAGCAGCAGCGGAGGAGAAUGGUGGAGGCCAAGAGGAACCGCGAGAUCGCCCAGCUCAAGAAGGAGCAGCGACGGCAGGAGUACCAGAUCCGAGCGCUGGAGUCCCAGAAGCGGCAGCAGGAGCUGGUGCUGCGCAGGAAGACCCAGGAGGUCACCGCCCUCCGGCGCCUGACCAAGCCCAUGUCGGACCGCGUGGCUGGACGCGUGGCCCGCUGGAACCAGGCUCCUCCGCUCACGGACUCCGGGGCCGAGCUGUCGGCGAGCACCGCGGCGAGCGGCUCCGAGCCGGAGACCGGGACCGGGAGGAGCGUGAGCGGGUUGGUGAGGCAGUGGAACAACAAGAACAGCGUGUUCGGAUACCUGGCGGAGAGCGACGCGAGCAUGGACGGGACCAGAGUCAUCGGCAGCAGGAAGAAGCUGCAGCAUAAACCCGCGGGCCUGGGCAGCGCCGCGGGGGCAGCACGAGCCAGCAGCGCCUCCAAGUCGGCCCGACAGAAAUGGCAGAAGCUGGAGCAUCGCAUCAUGGACAUAGUCAUGCAGAGGAUGACCAUAUCUAACGUGGAAGCUGAUAUGGAUCGUCUGAUCAAGAAGCGGGAGGAGCUGACGGGCCAACAGGAAGCGCUCUCGCACAAGAGAGAGGUCCUGAUGGCCGACGGAGAGGGGCCCGAGGCCGAGGACCGCCUCCUUCAAGAAAUUAACGAGGAGGUCGACGUUCUGAACGCCAACAUAGACUACAUCAACGACAGCCUGUUUGACUGCCAGGCCACCAUCGUACAGAUAGAGGAGACCAAGGAUGAGCUGGACUCAGUGGACACCUCAGUGGUGAUUAGCUCCUGCUCACUGGCUGAAGCGCGCCACCUGCUGGACCAUUUCCUCAAGGCUUCCAUAGACAAAAGCUUGCAGGUGGCUCAGAAGGAGGCUCAGAUCAGACUGCUGGAGGGCCAGCUGAGACAGACGGACGUCAUCGGCUCGUCCCACAAUCACAUGAUUCUGGAUGCCCUGCGGGAAAAGGCCGAGUGCAUCCCUGAACUCCAGGCUCUCAUCCACAACGUGCAGCAGGAGAAUGGCUAUGCCAGCACAGACGAGGAGCCGUCUGAAUUCAGCCAAGCCUCCGACACCAGUGUUUCUCAAAUGAAAGAGUCCAACAGCCAGGAUGACUUCAAAAUAAAGAUGGAGCCUCGUCUGUCGGCUCAGAUGAAGGCGGUGUCUGCAGAGUAUCUGGGUCCAGUCCUGGAUCCCUCAUCAGGCAGCAAGCAGCAGCACAUUACAAAGUCCCUGGCCUCGUUGACGGACAUCCAGGAGGACGGCCUGAGCCUGGUGACGGGGAGCCUGAGCCUCAGCCUGGCCUUACGAGAACCCUACCACAGGGACAGAGCGUCCCGCACCAUUAGCCUGCCCGUCAGGGGUCACACCUUUCCCAGGCAGUCUCGGGGUUAUGAAACCUCCCCUAUAACGAGGAGGAAGUCCUACGACCGUGCAUACAGGCCCACUGAUGGCUACACUCCCCCCUCCUCUCCUCCUCUGAGGACCAGGAAUGACCGCAACGUCUUCUCAAGGCUCACCAGCAACCAAGCUCAAGGUUCUGCUCUGGACAAGUCGGAUGACAGCGACUCCUCGCUCUCCGAGGUGCUCAGGGGUGUGAUCAACCCCAUCGGGGGUGUGAAGGGGGGCCGGACGGCUCCCUUGCAGUGUGUCUCUGUGGCCGAGGGCCAUUCGAAGCCGGUCUUGUGUGUGGACGCUACAGAUGAGCUGCUGUUCACUGGCUCCAAAGAUCGCACCUGUAAGAUGUGGAACCUGGUGACGGGCCAGGAGAUCGUCACCCUCAAAGGGCACCCCAACAACGUGGUGUCGGUCAAGUACAGUCCGUCCUCGUGCCUGGUCUUCUCCGUCUCCACCUCCUACAUCAAGGUGUGGGACAUCCGCGACUCCGCCAAGUGUGUCCGCACGCUCACCUCGUCGGGCCAGGUGGUUUCGGGCGACGCGUGCGCCGGCGCCACCACCCGCACCAUAACCUUCGCGCAGGGCGAGUGCCAGAUAAACCAGAUCGCCCUCAACCUGUCGGGCUCGGUGCUGUACGCCGCCGCUGGGAACACCGUGCGCAUGUGGGACCUCAACAGGAUGCAAGCGAUGGGGAGGCUGACGGGCCACAUCGGCCCCGUCAUGUGCCUGACGGUGGGACAGUCGCUGCUCGGCAAAGACCAGGUGAUCACCGGCUCCAAAGACCAUUACGUCAAGGUGUUCGACGUCGCCGAGGGAACGCUGGGCAACAUAGGCCCCGCUCAUAACUUCGAGCCGCCGCACUACGACGGCAUCGAGUGCUUGGCUGUGCAGGGAGACGUGCUGUUCAGCGGCUCGAGGGACAACGGCAUCAAGAAAUGGGACCUGGAGCAGCAGGAGCUCACACAGCAAAUCCCCAACGCCCACAAGGACUGGGUGUGUGCCCUGGCCUACGUCCCAGGCCGCCCCAUGCUGCUGAGCGGCUGCAGAGGCGGGAUGCUCAAGGUGUGGAACGUGGACAACUUCACGCCAAUAGGAGAGGUCAGAGGUCACGACAGCCCCAUUAACGCCAUAUGCACCAACUCCAGACAGAUCUUCACCGCAUCCAGCGACUGCAGGGUGAAGCUGUGGAGCUAUGUCCCCGGCUUGACUCCGUGUCUUCCUCGACGGGUCCUGGCCAUCAAAGGCCGAGCCACCAGCCUCCCGUGAAUGCCUCUUCUCUGCUCAACCCUCCCCUCCUCUGCGACAAGACGGUGAAGAUCUGGCUGUCGAAGGUGUGGAGGAAGAGGUGACACCCGACGCGGCUGUGAUUCCUCCGUCGGCCAUCUUGCCGCGGCUUCGGCCGCUGAUCUGUGACCUGCGCCGUCCUCGCGAUGAGAUGCGACACUGAAAUCACAGUUCCCAAGGCGAUCAAGGUGUUUUUGUUUUUUAUUUUUGUCGACAGAGACGCAGUGGAAUAUAUUCAAGAGGAGAAAAAAAAACAGUUUGCCUUUCAGAUCUUUUUACUGCCAACUGGAAAGUGCCAUUCAGGUGUGAUCCGCGCCGUGGAAGCACGAGGCAGAACUAUUCUCCCCCGACACGACAACAUAGAAGGAGGAGGAGUGUCCUCCUGUGCUUUCACCAAGGUUUAGAUUCCUUGUGGAAAAGUGAGAAGACACAACAGAGCAAUGCUCUUUUUUCAAAAUGGUGCUCAUCACCGUGUUCAUCGUGGUGAAUCAUCGUUCAGGAGCUCACACGAUGCACUUCUCCUUAGUCCAGUUCCUCUCACUUCCCCACAGUGUUUAAUUAUUUUAUUUUUUUUUGUAAUGAAUUUCAUUAAUUUAUUAUUUCUCCCUACCUCAGUGGUUUCUGGACUUUGGCGUGAGGUGGGAGGGAUGUUUUUUACGGGUCUCCACGCACAAACACGCGGUGCUUGACAUUUUCGCGGUCUCCAUUCAGCAGCUCGGCUCUCUCUCCGUCCCCUCUGCGGCCGCUGACCCUGCAAAUAGCCACGCGACCGUCCCAGUAGCACCAGCGGAGGCCCCCCGAGGACCCGAACGCACCGUCUCACCCACUCCGUAAUGCAGAGAUAGACACGGUUCGUACCCAAAGUGGGAGUCAGACGCUCCAAUGAAAGAAAAGUGCCAAAUGAUCCCACUGUACAAGACGCGGCCCCGGACGUCCAUUUAUUUACCUGCCACACAUGCUAAUAGGAGCCUGGCCAGCUUCCCCCUGCCGCCACGAGUGCCACUUUGAUGCUUAAGGCACCCGAUACUGUCAGACCGACCGGCCUCGCGGAGGACCUCGCCUCCUUCACAGCUACUCUACAGGAAGCCAUUCUAAUUAGAGCCUCUCGUAGCUUCACUGGCGGCUUCUCAGGCGAGAUUACUUGGGUGGAAGUAGGUCACGACGGAGACAGUUUUCUUAAUAAAAUCCACUUCUCUUCCACCCACGAUUUGCUGCUACGUUUAAAAGACGGGGAGAAACUUCUGUACACGUGCACUGAUGUUCAAAUCUGUUUAUGUGGCAGAUUACGUGUGGGCACCGCACGCAGCAUAUGCACAGGCCGUGGACACAAACAAGAUUUCCGCGGAUGUUUCGGUUAUUCAUCUCGCCUGAUGGGUCCUGGCAUCGCUCACUGUGUUGAUGUAGUGUCUCUUUAAUGAAAUAAAUGCGGCACUGCGGCGCUGUGCUGGCAUGCACUCCCCUACAGGCAACAGUUCAGUGAUCUGGUUGUUGUCUGAUGCUUCAACAUUCACACGAUAACAAGCGUCCGCGUCGGUUUCUCUUUAGGAACGUGGGAUUUUUUUUGAAAAGCUCAGACGCUUUACAGCUUUAAAAGUCUAAAUUCAUGUCUGUCCGUGUUACGGGUUCACAGUUACGUUUCGUUCAGUUUAAAGAGAACGCUCCCUCUGCUGGAAAAAAACGUCAAGUGUUUUGUAUUUUAGUGCACUUUAAAAAACAACCCAUAAACGCAUGUAGUCGAAUUGAAUGGAAGCUCGGCAGUUAAAGGUGCUGACGUUUGUGAUGUGCGACAUAUUAUGGGCCGAUUCUCCACACGCUGCUGAUAUUCAUCGAGUGUCACCCUCUGAAAGUUCGGUUUUAUCAGGAGCUCAUGAGCGCGAAGGCCCAAAACGGGGAUAACGAGUUGAAGUCCUUGUCAAUAGUUUCAAUAGUUAGGCUACGAUUAGAAACUCAGGUACAGAUUGAAGGACGAGUCGAGUCGUGACUUGACGCCGUGAUUCGAGGUAGCUCUUUAAAUCAACCAAAUGCCUUGUUUGUUUGAGACAUUUUUGUUACUAUGAGAUAAAAAGGUACCGUAUCUCAGUGUAUCGCCCUUUUUUCUAAAGUCCUUACUUUUAUGUUUUAUAUUCAAUUGUGUUUAUUUUUUUAUGUGCUGUGCUUUUCUCUACAAAAUGUACACCACCUAAAUGACGAUCUUCCCAUUGUGGCCAAAGCUAAAAGUCCUUUUAACUCUUCGAGGGUGUCCACGAAUUUAUCACUAUACUUCUUUAAACUAAAUAAGGUGUUUCAGCAAUAGUUUUAGUAUGAGCGGUACAAGAGCUGGUCAGCGGGGCAGUGGACAGUUGAGUCUGGGUUAUUUUGCCCGGUUGCCAGCCGGGCCCUGCUCCCCAGCUUCACGGUGUGUUUAAUGUCAUAAUAAUGCUAACACGAGCUUUACAGCUUCCUGCUAGAGACGAUGUUGUAGUACUGUAGCUUUAGGCGUCCUCCGAGGCGCCCGCGCUUGUAAAUUUGCUUAAAGACAACGCAGUGUUCGUGGUGCUGGUGACCGGACGUCGGAACGAGGGGUCCGAGUGUUCUCAAUCUGACGGGACUCGUCCCCGUUAAGUGAUGGAGGAUGAACUCUCUCUGCUGGAAGACUUGUUACAGCCAGAGAGAAGCUCUAAUUGCUCGUUCCUGAUGUCGGCACCGCUCCAGUACUUGAUCGAGUGUAAAUAAGUGUGUCACGAGUUUUUUUUUUUCGUUUCUUUUUUUAAUGUAAUAUCACACCAGAGAUUGGGUGGAGGUGAGCUGACUUCGUCAGCCGGCCUCAGCGGGAUCUCUGCCGGUUUGGGUUUACAUGCACUUUGAAAAUCAAACGCUGCUGUGAAAAACACAAGCUGUCCUCCAUGUAUUCAUGAAGCCUGGUCUCUGACUUAUGAGACCGGGCUCCAGCCACAGACGUGAAACUAAAAAAAAGAAUGAAUUUUGUAGCACGACAGUAGGUUUAGCAAUCAGUGAUAGUAGUUCUGAUACUGUAAGAUACUUUAACCGUCAAGACAAGGAGACCUGUCGCCACUAUGUCCCUGGCUUUAAGUCCUGUUAAUAUUAAGACGUGUUACUGGAGAAUGAAGAUUGUCACAUGUAAACUGUAGCUGCUCAGGAGAGUACGAACCCAUUAUUACUUCUUUUCAGGCAUUCUUAAUAUCACAGCCCACAAACAUCAUAUUACUCUCAAAGAUACUAGAGGCGCAUGAUGUCAGGGGCAACAUGAUUUGUCCUGCAGCAGUGAAACCCCAACGAGCCUGAUUGAUGAACGGUCCUAUUAAAUGUCAAUACACUUGUAAUACAUGUAGAGCAAACUGAUUGGUGGUCUAUAUUAAUUUCUAACAUUCAUUAGUAUAAAAUGCAGUCCGUAGUUCCGCUUAUCCUCUAGUUUGUUUGAUCGAAGCAAAGUGACCCUGAAACACCUGAGCUGCUGCUCACGUGUGCGUGCGUGAAUGGUCUGAUGAACCACCUGGUGCCUGUGAAGCCGCGCUGCUCGUGGCUUCACCCACAGAUCUCACCACACAGCCAACUGACCGCUGGCAGAUCCCGGCUGGCCUUAGUUACUGUUGCUAUGCCCGUCGGCGUUUCCACGCUUCACAUGUAAUUUACAGUGUGCCAGGUGACGGCUUGUUUCAUCCCAAGCAACCGAACAAGCGCAGCACAGACCAUCGUACAGCUGUUAAACGCACAAGUCAGGUUUUCUUUUUGCAGGAUCCUAUAAAUUUUACAACUAUCACAGAGAGCAAACAAGACCGAGCCCCGUUUCAAUAUUGUAAAUGACCUGCUCUGAUCCCAAUGCACUGCAAUAGGUUUAGCUGCCUGCAACCCUAACUUUAAACACACGGCGUCCCCAUCGUGGUAACAGGCCAGCACACACUCGCGCCAUCCAGGGCUCCACAGUCAGAGAGAGUCUAAAAGCGCGGUUCCGGCGCAGGCCGUGGACCGGACCGGGUCGAGCUGCCAGUCAAAGCCACCGUUGCUGUGCUCGGGCCUCCGUGAGCGCCUCAGCUCCAGCCUCGUGCCUCAGCCGACGGGCCUUAAAGGAACAGAGCGCGCGUGCAGGAGGCGGCCAUCGUUCCCCUGCAGGUUCUCCCGCGGCGCGUGGGUUCCUGACACCUCUCUGCUUCUGUCGUCGUUGCGGCUGAAGCCACUUCGCCCUCGGGCUGUCGAGGGGACGGGCUUCGCUUUUAGAGUCACCGGCCUACGCCAACGGGUGUGUGUGUGUGUGUUGUUGUGUGGCGACGCAAUGCGGCGACGUUUAUCACAUACAGUAUGUACCCAUGGGACAAAUAUGCAGGGUCAAAGGUCAUUUGUGCCUUUUAUUGCACAGGCUACUCCCUCUUACGAGUGUAAAUGUGUGUACAGGUGUUUUUUUUAUGACUAUGUGCAUGUAUUCCAGCUGUAAAAUAUGUUUUGACUGUAAAUAAUGUAAAUACAUAUUUAAUGGAGGAUCCGACAAUCCCUCAAAAAAUAAACCAGUUGAAAACAACA